UCGCUCGCGCUCUGGCGCAUAUCAAUUCUAGAAUACGAAGAAAUAAAGAAGCGCUGGCGUCGCGCUUGGAAAUGUACCUUCGACGCUCUUAUCAGGUGUAUAGACAAACGAUUCGUGGGGGCGCCUCGUUUAAAAAACCGACGCAGCCGAGGGUUCUCUCAUUCGUCUCGGGAUUCUCCAGACGUGCGGAACUCCCACAGUAUAUACCGCUACUACUGUCGAAAGUUUCGCGAUUCUUCAAAACACGCGUUCUUCUAUAUUGCAUCCACGACCACGGUAUAAAGUCAGUGGUAAAAAGCUCGUUUUUUCCUCCAGUCCCCCGGCGAACUUGCAGAAUCCGCGCGCCGCUAUUAUCGCUUCACAGCUGCCCCACCUUCGAAUCGGAGUGUGACUCGUGUGAGAGAAAAAUCAGCAGCAGCAGCAGCAGCAGCAGCAGCAGCAGUAGCAGGUGAAGAGAGACGUGCGAGUGCAUCAUCAGCAGAGAGUGCGCGCGUCGAUCCUCUACUCUCCUUUCGAUACGUUCGAGCUUGUAUUCGCUGUAUAAUUACACACCUGCGGCUGUCCCAUAAGUGUCCGAGGGAGCGACGCGCUCCUACGUGUGUUUGGAACCGAUCGACGGAUAAUAUACACACAGAGAAUAAGAGUGGCCGUGUGUACACAGCAGGCUGUGCUCCCGGGGUAUUUCGGCGGCGGUUUGUUUUGUCAAAGUAACUCGUCAACAAUUGCGAGUGCCGGCGUUGCGCGAGUUCCUGCAGCAGGAUAUGUGAUGAAGUCACCGGUGAAACAUGAUGGUAAUGAACAAAAGUCUGAGUCCGACGAGGGACCGGUGGAUUUCGAGCGGGCGAUCACACUCACAGGCAAUGGAAAAUUCAACUACCUGCUGCUUCUGGCUAUGCUGCCGGUAUGCUGGGCCAACGUCUACGCAUCGACCUCCAUGUCCUACGUCUUGCCCUCAGCCGAGUGCGAUCUUCAGCUGUCCAUGCUGGACAAGGGUCUACUCAACUCGAUGUCCUUUGCAGGAAUGAUCAUAACGUCGUUCCUAUGGGGUUUCAUCGUUGACGCUUUCGGCCGUAGGAAGAUCAUGGUCUAUGGUUUUCUCUGCACAGCCAUCUGCACCCUAGCUAGUAGUUUCUGUCAAGCUUCGUGGCAACUGAUCCUCUUCAAGCUCGUCGACGGCAUAGUCAUUUCCGGUCCAUACGCGGCGUUACAGUCGUACCUGGCCGAGGUGCACUGCGAGCAUCUCAGGUCUCAGAUGUACAUGUGGAUGGGCGUUUUGUUCGCUCUCGGCAAUAUCUCUCUGUCAUGCUUGGCGUGGGUCAUCAUUCCCCACAAGUGGCAAUGGGACCUGAUGGACGGCUGGAUCGAGAUCACCUCGUGGAGACUGUUCCUGGCACUCUGUACCAUACCGGGCUUGGCAGCCAGUGUCGCGCUGUACUUUUUCCCCGAAAGUCCGCGUUUUCUCAUGGCCAAGAAACGACACGACGACGCCCUUCGCGUCUUCCAGAGGAUCUACUCGAUCAACACUGGAAAGGACCCUAGCACCUAUCCCGUCAAGUUUCUCGAGGAGGAGGAAUCCAGUAGCAAAGUGUCGGGAGUCACCUUCAAGCAAACGGUCAUCGGUAGCUUCAAGCAGAUCCAACCGAUUUUCCUGCCACCCAACGUUGUCACUCUAGUUUUAACUGCGUUCAUUCAGUGCGGAGCAACGAUAGGAUCGAACACGCUGAGACUCUGGAUGCCUAUGCUCUUCUCGAUGAUCGAAACGUACGACCACACCCAUGCGGAUGGGCCAGCCACUACUAUGUGCAACAAAAUCGGCGAGACAAUAUACAAGAACGUCACUGUCGCACAAAACGCAACGGCGACCGACGUUCCCCAGUGCUCUGAAAACGUGGUCAACGCAACAGUUUACAUUAAUUCAAUCGUCAUCUCGGUUGCAUCAGUCAUAGGAUACAUGAUCGCUCGAAGUCUAGUCAAUAUAGUCAGCAAGAGGAUCCUAAUGGUUAUAUGCUUCGUCGGAGCCGGUUCCUGCUGCGGAGUUCUCUACUGGGCGGAAGACUCCAACGGCAUCCUCGGCAUAUCGUCGGUAUUCGUCGCGCUCUCGAGUAUCGGAGGCACAAUUGUAAAUAAUGUCGUCGUCGACAUAUUCCCAACUUCGUUGAGAACUAUGGCGCUCAGUGUGACGAUGGUGAUCGGUCGCCUCGGAGCUGUUAUCGGAAACUUGCUCUUUCCCGUUUUGUUCAGUCUGGACUGCUUAGGACCCUUUAUAAUGAUAGGAUCUGUCUGCUUAAUGUGCUCGACGUUGGUGUUGGUUUUACCACGAAAAAAGCAAUAACUCAACGAAUCAACCUGAAAUCGACAAUCAAAGAACAAUCUCUUAGACCAUAAGGAUACAAUAUAACGUAAUUUAUAUAUACAUUAGCUAUUAUUAUAUUAUUGUAUAUUUUAUAGGAAACUAUUACGAGAACGCUUAAUUAAGUUUAAGAAACGAUCACCUUGCAAUAUACCUGAUGAUUGUGAUAAUGAUUUUCUUAGCACCUUAAGUACAUAAUUAAAUGAGAUUCCUCAUUGUAAAUAACAUGUAUAGCAUCUUAAUGAAUUUGUAAACUUGUUCAUAAUCUACGUGCAUUUUUCAUAUGAAUCUCUAGAUUGUUAAAGCAUCGUCAACGAUGAUAACAGUAUUGUUGGGAUUUAAUAUACACUUUUAUACGCAAA